AUGGACGAAACGUCUCCUGCAUAUAAACCAAAAUCUGAAAUGACCCUCAAAGAGUUACUAGAAUGUGAGGAAGAAGCAUUAACUACAGGUCAUAUGUCUGUCCUGAAUGAAUCUGUCCGUAAUAAUACUCAGGUGCUGAUCAAUUGUCGUAAUAACAGAAAACUUUUGGCAAGAAUCAAAACUUUUGAUCAACAUUGUAAUAUGGUAUUAGAAAAUGUACGAGAAAUUUGGACCGAGAUACCUGUUACUGGCAAAGGCAAGAAAAAGGCAAAGGCAAUUACUCGAGACAAGUUCAUUUCAAAAAUGUUUCUUCGUGGUGAUUCAGUUAUUUUAGUUGUCAAGAACCCUAAAGAAGCUAUUCGUCAAUAA